GAUCGAGCUGCCAGCGCCUUCCACGAUGCGUUGGCCUUUCACCAGCAGCACGGCCGCAUGCCGCUUCGCACGAAAGUUGGGCCAGAAGAGAAUUACCUUGCGAAACGGUGGGCCAGGGCGAGGCGGUCCACUCGGUUGACGCCCGCCGCUCGGGGCUUGAAUAUGCGCAUCGAGGCGCUGGUGGCGCAGUCGGAGGCAGCGCGGCAGGAUGACCGUCGCGCUGCGCGCGCAGAGCAGGCGCUGCUGAUGCUGCACCAGCACUGGUGCGAGGGGAACGACGUCCACGACGAAGACCGUUGGAGGCAGCCCGCCCUGCAUCGGUCUCGCGGCGGCCAGCGCCCGUACCCGGGCCUCUCGAACCUGUGCAACACCUGCUACCUCAACGCGCCUCUGCAGUGCCUCCUCCACUGCCCCGCCGCGCGCGCCGCGCUCCUGGGGGUGGAGAGCGAGGGCGAGCCGCUGGUCGUGCAGGACCCAGGGUAG